CCAGUCGAGCGGACGGCAUACCUUCGCGCAUAGGUCGAUCUUGUCCGACGUUCCGUUUCACUCGACCUCGCCGAUCGUUUUACUCGUUUCUCUCCCGAGAGGACACGUAAGAACCCCGCGAGAAGGAGUCCCGCUUGGACGAUCGUCGACAUCGAUCGAUCGACGGAUACGAUCGAUCAUUUCGGGCAACGAUCGGGAAAUUUAGUGAGAGUGCGCGAUACGCUCUAUCGACCCUAGGGAGAUCGGGCCACCGCCAACUCCUUCAUGUUUCUAGAAAUCGAACGUUGCUGGAGCGCCAGAGGAAGAUAAGAGAGCAUUUCAAAUCGCCAUCAACAGAGACACGUGACGUUGUUGUUCUCGUCAGGAGGGAAGAGAGAUCGUGAGGAUCGUAACCCCGGAGAAGGAAGCCUGCGUCAAAGACUCGAGAGAGAAGAUUCCAAUCGCGCGUGCGACUCUUCGUAAUUGCAAAGAUCCUCUCGUAUUUUUUUAAUAUUCCUCGAUCGUGGAAUCGCCCAAGUAAGUGAUUUAGCAGCAUCGGAGGGAGAACUCUUCGAUGACCGAUUUGUAAAGAUUCACGUGAAAAUCGCGAAAAUGGACUUGAAAUUAUCGACGCUUAGCUUUCUCAAUAUACGAGAUUAAUUAUACUCGUAUAAUUGAUCCGCGAAUAUUUUUAUUAUGAGCAUUCUCUCGAACUUGUUUUCCUUUAGCGCGUCAUUACGUAAAUAAAAACACAUCGGGAGUCCUUGUCUUUAUCGCGUCUCCUGUUUUCCAAUCGCGGGUAACAAAACAAUCAACUUUCUUCCGGACGAAAGAAGAACGCGAACGAACGAUCGCCGAGAUUUGUUUUUACCGGGACGAAUUUGGCUCAUCUCAGGGCGAGACAAGAUGACUAACAAAGCGAUACGGCACCUGCUGUACAUCCUGCUGGCGAUCAUCGGCGUCGUCCGCAAAUGCAAAUGCGAGUUUCAGAUGACCGAAAACGACGACUAUCUAAACGAGUAUUUAGUCUUCGACGAUAACAAGUACUUCCAAUUGCAAGAAUUCGACGACACGACGCUCGAGAUCGACCUCAUCAAUCGUAAUAGAAAGCACAGGCUGAUGUAUGACGAACCCAGGGUGCUCUACCAAGUGGGGGAUAGCGAGAAGGAAUUGCCAGAGUGCGCGGACCGGAGCGAGGUAUGCAGCAAGGUGGAUUUAUAUGGUGCACCGUGGGUCGAGAGACAAUGUCGUUGUCCGAACGGCCGUGCUUGCCCCAGCAGUCUUCACGGGGACGACGGACACACGAUCAUCGAUAAAACGCGCCGCUACAAGCUCUGUGAACCCGUGAAACGACUUCCUAUCUGUCGUUAUUUCAAAGACAUUACGUGGACCCUGGCACCCGGAGGAGGUCCAGCAAACGCGACUGUACAACGAGUUCACUGUCGAUGUCGGCCAAGUAGCGUGCCGUACCUAGUUCGUAGGCUACCUCAUAGAUCACCGGAUGGAAAUCAAGGCUUUAUCUACGCCUUCGCUUGCUCUCCGCAAAGCAGAAUACGAUGCCAGCAUAAAGAGCCGUGUCGCCUGUUCACCGUGCGUAAGAGACGUAAUUCGCAACUCGAGGAGGUGAACGCCUCGCCACUCUGCCAGUGUCCCCGAGGAUACCGAUGCCCGCGACGACACACGGAUCCUGGCUCCUCACCGGCGAGAUCCUACGCCGGUGUCUUGGAAAUCAAGACCUACAGCGGUUACUGCAUACCCACCUACAACUUCGAUAAAAUGACCUACGAUAUCUAAGAGAGGAUCGUAGAAUCCUCAUGUACCUCCGUUCAACAAUAUAUCGGCGGUGUCGAUCCGGAUAUUUGCCACGCGCGACAUUAGAGUAUCCGUAGUUGAAUUACAUUAAUUAUUAAUUUUUUUUAUAAAAAAUGGCAUCACGGUUACACCGCAUUUUUGAAAAAUCCAUUAGCCAAUUAUAAAAUAAUUAUUAAAUUAAUAAUUAUUUUAUAAUAAAUUAAUUGUUACAUAUAUUACAUCGUCGUAUCGAUAGUGUUAUCGAUAAUAAUCUGAAAGUUUUUGCGUUGUCCAAUUUUUUCUGGAAAAUUCGAACGCAAGUCUUUCGCGGGAGGACCUCUUCCUCGUGAAUAAAGCGCGCUUAAUUCGUUCAUCGACACGAUAACGAAAGCCUCGACGACAGGAAAUUGAUAUAUUUGUCAACCGAUCAUGUGUCAUUAACCGUACAAUGCCGUGCCAUGUAGCAUCUCUAAUGGCGCGUUGGCGAAUGUUAAAUGUAAAAAGUAUGUACAAAAGUAUGUAGAGAUAAGAAAUUUGUGUGCCACCUAUACAAUUUUGUACAAUAUAAUAUUUGGAUCUUCUCACUUUGCAUCCGCAUGAAUAACUCGAUCAUGUUAUUGUACAUCUCUUGUAACAACGAUGAGUCUUUCCAUUUUUUUAGUGCUAUCUUGACUUUGUAUAUUCCUUUACAGAAUAUUACAGACAUCGCAGUUAAAUGUCAUAGUAGUCGGUGUAACUUGUAUAUAUCUGUCUCUGAUCCUCUCAUUCGAGGAGCAUAUUUAUAUUGUAUAUGAUAGCAUUGUAAGACAAUUCGGAUGAGACUCUCUCGAUGUUAUAUUUGUUAAUUUUACUUUAACUUAAUAAAAAAUAUGACUGCAUUGUGCUUUACUUUCUUCAGAUUUUCUUUCUACUUUACAUUUUAUGUUAAGCGAACGAGAAUUGAAUACUAAAAUACCGAUAUGAAUAAUUUUGUAAUAAAAUUUAUAUAUCUUUGCAAUAUUUGCAAAAUAUAUAUACAUGAUAAGGAGCGAGAGAUUUAUCGAUCUUUGAUGUAGAAUUUUCAAUCUGUGCCGCAAGUCGAUAAAGAAGAUUGUGACAAUGCUUUCAACGAUAAAUAAUUGUGCACAUUUUGAUAAAACAUUUCUUAUUAGAAACAAUAUUUUAAUUUAAAGCGUUACACAAAAUUGUUUAGGUA